UUUUCUUUUGAGACAAUCUGCUCUUUUCCUUUAUUUUCACUUUCUAUAUUCUGCGGAUUUACAACUGAAGUCCCUUGAUCGCUUUUCCUUCCUUUAUUAUUUUUAUUUUUCCGAUUUGCUUUCCGAUUUGCAUCUAACCUUUCUUUGUUUUUCUGGUAGUAUUCUUUAUUAUGUUCUCUUUUCUUCUCCUUAUUAAUUUCAUUAUAUUUUCGUCUUUUUUCUUUAUUAUUUUGGUUAUAAUUUCGAUCAUAUUCCCUCUUCUUUUCUUUAUUAUUCUGGUAGUAAUUCUUCAUAUAUUCUUUUUUCUUCAACUUUUUAUCUUCAUCAAUAUCUUCAGAAGUUUCAUUGUUUGA